AUGACCUCCAGAGGACCCCCAUUAAACAGCAAGGUGGCAAUUAAUUGGAAAGCUUGGGAACAUGGGGAGCUGACCGAGGAAUACCGGGGAACCAUGGUUCCUAGUGAAGCCCCCCUACUUCACCGCCAGGUCACCCUUGUGGAUCCUGUGGACAGGAAACCCACGGAGAUAGAGUGGAGGUUCACGGAGGCCGGAGAGCGGGUACGGGUCUCCACGAGAUCAGGAAGAAUUAUCCCCAAGCCAGAUUUUCCCAGAGCUGAUGGCAUUGUUCCGGAAACAUGGAUUGAUGGCCCCAAAGACACAUCAAUGGAAGAUGCUCUUGAAAGAACCUAUGUGCCCCGUCUGAAGACCCUGGAGGAGGAGGUGAUGUAGGCAAUGGGGAUCCAGGAGACCCGGAAACACAAGAAAGUCUACUGGUAUUGAGCCGCGGGCAGGAGCUGCUCCCCUACUUCUGGCUUCACCUGGAGGCUGGGACCACCUCUUCUCCAGACCCCAAUAAAGAGCUG